GCACCCAUUAUUCGGUCACGAUCCAGAAUUCGGUCAAGCAGCUGUUUGAACAGCUGUGAGAAACUCAUGAAUAAUUCAUAAGCUUCGAAACUUGCACAAAUCAGACACCAGUACAAGACACCCACACAGUUCAAACAGGGACGUAAGGACACCUACUUAAACUUCUCCAAAAUCACCUAGAAAUUCGCCGGUGACGCCGAGCUUCUCAACUUCCGGGUUCCGUUAGCAGGUUGCAAAAAUGCCGAGGAAUAAAUACAGGACUUAUAAUCAAGAACAAGUGGAUGAGGCGGUCACACGUAUCCGCAUGGAUAAAAUGUCGAUCAGAAAAGCCGCAGAAACGUAUGGGAUCCCAAAGUCAACGCUUAUAGAUAAAGUCGCUGGAAAGACACCAAUCAAAUCUACCCAAGGGCCGUGCCCAUACCUCAACUUUGCUGAGGAAGCAAAAAUCGCCAAAUGGGCCCAGGAGAUGUCGAGAAUAGGGUUUGGUGUGAACAGGCUAGAGUUGCAGCAGGUAAUCCAAAAACAAUUUGAGUACAUCUGUUGCUUUUCCUUUUCGUCAACAGUUCUACUAUUUCAUUUAUUUGUAAUAUUUUGUUUUCUUAUUUAUUUAAUAUUGAUUUAAUUUUCUGUUGUAGUUUUUCCUGUUCCUGUGAUUGUAAAUAUUAGGAAGUUAAAUAAAUGAACUGAACUGACUCGAAUACUCGUUUCCCCUUGUAGUAUUGCUUUGAUAGUCCAGAGUAUGACUAAUGAGGGAGAAACAUACAUAGAGUAAAAUGUUUAUAUGGGAGACGGAGAGAGAUGAGAAGGUUGAAAAGAAGUGAGAAAGAAGAAAGGAGAAAAAAUACUAAAGCACAUGAAAAUAAAUAAUGAGAAGCAAAAACAGAGUCAAAGAAAUAGAAGAGUAGGCCUGGAUCAUCAUCCGAGGUGAAGAGCAGAUGUGGUAAGUAAUUUUGGCGAUGAAGGGAGGAGAGAUGGGCAAUGUCAUCAGGUGAGAUGUUUAUGUAUUUCACUAAUUAUAACCAAAAUAUCAAUAUUCACAAAAAAGCGUUUGUUCGAAAUUAACAUUUCCAAGAAAGCAUUGUUUUCUUUUGUUGGUGUUCCUUGCCCGUUGCAACAUAUUUAUAUCUGAAGUUCUCUAUACUUUCAUAACAUUACAAUCAUUAAGGUUUUACGAGGAUUCCACUAUGUAUAAGAAAGAUAAUAUUUCUGACGAUAUUGAUAAUGAUUGACACAAUAAAAGUACUGAUGAUUAUGACAAUAAUGACAGUUAUGAUAAUGAUUAUGAUACUUUUGAUGAUAUUUAUGAAAAUGACGAUAAAGAUUACAAUGAAAUCAAUUUCAAUUUGUAUAUCAACGUAGAUGCCCUACUACCUGAGCCAACACACACGAGUCUUAAAGUCAUUAGGUAUAGCCAUGAUAGCCAUAAGAACAGAGAAAAAUAUAUAAUUAAUUUUAAUGACUUAAUUGGUACAUUAUAAUUGUCACGAACAGGUUAGAAAUAUUAUGGAUCCAAUAUUCCAAUGAGGUAUGGUUUGAAAUUGUAGCUAGGACUAGUGUUGACCUGGUUUUAAUGAUCAGAAGACCAUCCAUCUACUUUGGCUCCUCGAUCAUGUCCAGAGAAGCAUUUACUACGCCCUUCUCUUCCGUUUUUAUUGCUCAAUUCAAUAGACUGUCAAGAAGAUAGUCAUGGACGAUAAGAGGAAGACUCCUUUCAAGGAGGGGAUGCCUGGAAAGAAGUGGCUGAGGUGCUUCUUCAAGCGACACCCCGAGCUCUCGGAAAGGAAGCCAGAGCUCCUCGGCAGUGAAAGGGCUGUGGUGACCACGGAGAAGAUGGAUAAGUUCUACGAUGAUCUGAAUGAGUACCUAGUCACCAAGGAUUGCUCGUCGAUCCUCACUUCGCCACGUCGGAUCUUCAAUUGUGAUGAGAGUGGAUUCCCCCUGAGUGGAAAGAUGUCCAAAAUAAUCGCAACCAAGGGUAGCCGCACUGUAAGCUCAGUAGGGUCCAGUAAUAAGUCACAGGUUACCGUCCUGGCCACGAUCUCGGCCUCGGGUGAUGUGCUUCCUCCCACCAUUGUUAUAGCUGGCCAAAGAUUCAAGGAGAAUCCACUCAAGGAUGGGCCCGAAGCUUGCCUGGGUAGGAGCGAGAGUGGAUGGAUGACAAGCGAAGUGUUCUUCGAGUACGUAGCAAACAGCUUUAUCCCUUGGGUUGAAGACCAUGGAAUCCCCAAACCCGUUCUUCUACUCGUCGACGGCCAUAGCAGCCACAUCAAUUAUGAGGUCGGUAAGCUCUGCAACGAGGCAGGUGUUGAGUUGUAUCCACUACCAGCUCAUGCCAGCCACAUCAUUCAACCCUGUGAUGUGGCGUUCUUCAAGCCACUUAAGUCAGCAUGGGCUCAAGCUGAGCGCCAGUAUCGCCAAGAUAAUCCAGGCCAAUGUGUGACGAAGUACACCUUUGCAAGCGUGUUUAGAGGACCAUGGGAAGAUGUCAGCAGAAGGAAGGAGUUGGUAAAAUCCGCCUUCAGAGCUACUGGCAUUUUUCCGUUCUCCAAGAACUAUGCAAAGGAGAAGCUGGCACCAGCUUCUGUAUACAGGGAGGUACAGGAUGAGAGGGAUGUGAAUGCUGAGGUAAACACCCAGGCCCCUGGUCCCUCCGGGGAUGCUACCCAGUCAACGUCUGCAGGCCCAUCUUCCUUCUCCCUUCCACUGGAGAAGCACCUUCGGUACCCUCAGAUCACCAGGGUGAAGUCAGGGAGACGGAAAGGAGAAGAUCUUCCAAAAUGCAUUAGUAGUGAUGCGUAUUUGAAGUACUUGAGAGAGAAGCAAGAGGCAAAAAAUCAAGAAGAGGAAAAGAAGAGAAAACGAAAAGAAGAGAGAGACAUGAAGAAGAAAGCAAAAGAAGAUGGCAAGAGGAAGACGAAGUUGAAAAACACCGAAGAGGAUCAUCCUGAUAUCGAUGUCAACACCUGUCCAGAAUGCGAAGGCACGUACGACAACGAUCCGGAUCAAUGGGUGGGUUGCUGUUACUGUGCAAGGUGGCUUCACAUCGUUUGCUCUCGACGGUUGGACGGUUUGACAGAUGAAGAGAUCAUCGCUCUGGAUUUCAAGUGCCAUUUUUGUUAGGUUAUAUGUUUGAAUGACAUCUAACAUGAAAGACACCUGGAUAAAUCUUAUUAAAGAUAAAAACAACAUUGGAACACUUACA